AGUGAGUUUGGAUGAUAAAUAGACAGAGAGUUUGUGCAGUCUUUCGAUGAACAUUUAGUUUUAGGACUGAAUUGAAGUUGAAUUAUUGUUACCCUUGCCACCAUUGGAAUUGUUUGAGUCCGUGAUUGAGGGUAAACCUCGAAUUAAACAAAUGCUUUUACUAUGAACCAACCAGUGUUGAAAUGCAUUGUCAAAUACCAUUGGAAAAAAUAUUUUGUGUUUUAAUGUUUCACCUUAGUUCAUCGCCGGCAACCCUGACAUUACUUUUACUCUAUCUUUCAGGAAUGUGUUCAGGAUCACCGGGAAGUGGCGGGACAAGUGACUCUAAGUACAACACCAAUGGGUUUAAUGGUACUAACCAGCAUCGUCACCAUUCUCAUGGUAAUAAUGAGACAAGGCCUUCAAGUGGUUCUGGUGUUUCUGCUAGUGAACCUUGUACCAACAGUGAAACAUCGAGCAACCCUUCAACUGGUUCUCCAAAUAGUGCCCAUUAUCCAGGGAAUAAUAGGAUCCAUAGACCGUUAAUUAGUGAAUCUGGAUCGACAAGUGAUAUUAAUUUAACCUCUUUUACCUGGAAUUUUGAUUUACCCUUAACAACAGCCACAACUACAACAACAUCCCAGUUAAGUGUAAGAUUGAAAAAGGAUCUCACUUAUAUUUCCUAUGAUACUCAUCGUCAUCAACAAAUCUAUUAUUCUCAAUUAUCAUCCCCAUCAUCACCAACUUCACAGCCAUUUUUACCAUCAUUUUCAACCUCAGUGCCAUCUUUAUCAUCUUCAUUACCAGGAAAACUUGAAACUUCAACCUCAACAAGCUCGACACCAGCAAAAACAAAACCAACAAGAACAACUUUUCACUCUUCUCCUUCCUCUUCCCAAUUAAUGGUGUUUCAUAAUAAACCACCAAUUUCAUCUUCCCUCUCCUCAUCAUCCCUAUCCAUUUCAGCAUCGCCCUCAUCCUCAUCAAACCAUAAAAGUAUUACCAAUAACUUAUUAACUCGUCCUUCAUCAUCUUACCACCAAGAAAGCCUAACAAGCUUAAAUCAAUUGCGAAUGUUUGAAGAAAAAGCAAUUCCAAAAAAUAUCACAGCCCAAGUUGGCCUUCCCGUCUAUCUUCACUGUAUAGUGGAACCAAUUGGUGACAAAAUGGUAUCAUGGAUUCGUCUACGUGAUUUUCAUUUAUUAACCGUAGGAUUAUUCACUUACUCAUCAGAUUCACGGUUUGUUAUACGCCAUGGAACCCUUCAACCCAAUGACUGGGCUUUACAGAUCAAACACGUUACACCCAAAGAUGAAGGGCUUUACGAGUGCCAAGUAAACACCGAUCCACCCAGAAGUCAAUAUUUUUAUCUCAAGGUUCUUGUUCCUUAUACCCGAAUCUCUGGAUCAGGCAAUGAUAUUAUUGUUAGCGCUGGAUCUGGAUCAACCAUUAACUUAACCUGUAUUAUAUCUCAAUCACCCAAUCCACCUUCCUAUGUUUUCUGGUACCACAACGAUCGAAUGAUAAACUAUGACCUUAAAAAUGAAGGACUGGGUCAGGUAUCAUUAACAAAAGAUCCAGUUCAAAGUGAUACAUUGAUAUCACGUUUAACCCUGCGAAAUGCUCGUUACAAUAGUUCAGGCAACUAUACCUGUGCACCGUUCAAUAUUGAACCUUCUUCCAUAUAUCUUCACGUUCUCCAAGGUGCAAAACAGCUUUCCCAUAAUUGGCCUCAAAAUGAUGAAGGAAGCUCAACCGAGUAUACAAGUUCCAAUCAUGGUGAAUCUAAUUACAAAUUUUUGGAGCAACUUUUCCCAUUCAAAUCAUCACCAUUCUCAUCUUGCUCAUCUUUAACCUCACUUCUUACAACGAUUAUUAAGUUUUUUAUCUUACUACUAGCAGCUGUAUUAAAUAACCAAUUGAUAUACAGUUGUGUUACAUGAUAAAGGGAAGUUCAAGUGAAGGCAGAGGAAAAAAAAAUUCAAGAGAUAAAGAGAAAGAGAAAAAAAUUGGAAGAAAAAUGAAGAUAAAAAUUGAAGCAAGAAGAUUGCAAUGAAAAAGACAAAAGAUGUUAAGUUAAUGACAAAGAAACAAAAGUUGAGGUGAGAAGAGCAUCGAGAAAGCUAAAGAUGAAAUUAAUGCAAAAAUAUGUUAACAUUAUAAUGAUGGUGAUGUUACAAGAUAAAGGAUGCAAAUUGGGCGUUCAUCAAGACAGGGAGUGAAAACUGGGAGUGAGACAUUCUUUUUUUAUACAGACAUGUGUAUUACAUUUAUAAUCAAAAUGAAUCAGUUUCCAUCUGAUUAAUAGUCGAUAUCAUUUUUUGUCUUUUUUUCAUCUUUAUUUUUCUUCUUAACUUUCUCUCUCUCUCUCUUCUUGAUGAUAAACUUCCAUUAAGGUUCAUGCGAGAUGAAAAAAAUGAGCCUCAUGAUUGUGUAUAAUAGCAACAUCUUUUUUGCCUUUUAUUUCGUUUCUUUUUUUGGAUAAAUGUAAUAACUUGACAAUGAUAUAAAUAACAAUGAAUAACAAGAAAACAAAACAAGAA